CUCAUGGAAGAAGAUCACAAACCGGUGGUGCAGCCUCAAAGGAGAUUGAACCCAGUUAUGAAGGAGGUAGUGAGAAAGGAAGUCGUGAAGCUGUUAGAUGCAGGACUUAUUUACCCGAUAUCAGACAGUUCAUGGGUGAGCCCUGUUCAUGUGGUACCUAAAAAAGGAGGUACAACGGUGAUAGCUAAUGAAAAGAAUGAGUUGAUUCCUACCAGAACGGUCACUGGGUGGCGGGUGUGUAUAGACUACAGAAGACUAAAUUUGGCCACAAGGAAAGACCACUUUCCGUUGCCAUUUAUUGACCAGAUGUUAGAAAGAUUGGCCGGGCAUGACUAUUAUUGUUUUCUGGAUGGGUACUCUGGAUACAACCAAAUUGCGGUUGCACCGGAGGAUCAAGAGAAGACGGCCUUUACUUGCCCAUACGGUAUCUUCGCUUAUAGAAGGAUGCCGUUCGGGUUGUGUAAUGCCCCAGCGACAUUUCAAAGAUGCAUGACUUCCAUUUUUGCUGAUAUGCUUGAGAAGCAUAUGGAAGUCUUCAUGGAUGACUUCUCUGUUUUUGGUUCCUCAUUUGAUAACUGUUUGGCUAACCUUUCACUUGUUUUGCAGCGAUGUCAAGAAAGUAAUCUGAUCCUAAACUGGGAGAAGUGCCAUUUUAUGGUACGAGAAGGCAUUGUUCUUGGUCACAAGAUUUCCCACAGGGGAAUCGAAGUUGAUCAAGCUAAGGUGGAGGUUAUCUCAAAAUUACCACCACCUGUGAAUGAGAAAGGUAUUCGGAGUUUCCUAGGCCAUGCGGGAUUCUACCGUAGGUUCAUAAGGGAUUUUUCAAAGAUAGCCAAACCUCUGACCACUUUGUUGGUUAAAGAUAAGACUUUUGUAUUCGAUAAAGAGUGUGCCGAUGCAUUUGAGACACUGAAAAAUAAACUAGUGUCGGCACCCAUUGAUUCGAAACCCAGACUCCUGAGAUGGAUUUUACUUCUCCAAGAGUUCGAUGUAGAGAUUCGCGACAAGAAAGGGUGUGAGAACACUGUUGCAGAUCAUCUUUCGCGGAUGUCACCCAUUGAGGAGACAGAAGAGCGGCGUCCAAUAAAGGAUGAGUUUGCUGAUGAACACAUCCUAGCUGUUAUUGGAGUGCCUUGGUUUGCUGAUUACGCAAACUACCUUGUUGGCGGUAUAAUACCUGACGAUUUGGAUUCUAACCGUAAGAAAAAGUUUGUUCAUGAUUGCAGGUUCUAUCUAUGGGACGACCCAUACCUAUACAAGAGAGGAGUAGAUGGGUUGAUACGACGAUGUGUGCCUGAGGAGGAGCAAAAGGAUGUGUUGAGAGCAUGUCAUGACUCUGAAUAUGGAGGGCAUUUCAGUGGGGAUCGUACUGCCUCCAAAGUCUUGCAGUCAGGAUUGUACUGGCCAUCAUUGUUCAAGGACUCCCAAGAGAUGGUUAAAGAAUGUGAUAAGUGUCAGCGUACUGGGAACAUAUCAAAAAGAAAUCAAAUGCCCCAGAAUUUCAUGUUAGAGGUGGAGUUAUUUGAUGUUUGGGGAAUUGACUUCAUGGGUCCGUUUCCACCAUCAUUCGGAAAGAAUUACAUCUUAGUUGCAGUGGACUAUGUAUCAAAAUGGGUGGAGGCGGUAGCUUUACCAACUAAUGAUGCGAAGGUAGUAGUCAAGUUCUUAAGAGAAAACAUAUUUUCAAGGUUUGGAGUACCGAGAGCGUUGAUAAGUGAUGAAGGAACUCACUUCCUCAAUCACCUCAUGGAGAAGCUUCUUCAGAAGUACAAUGUGAAGCAUCGGAUAGCCACUCCGUACCACCCUCAAACGAGUGGUCAGGUAGAGGUGUCUAAUAGACAGCUCAAACAAAUUCUCGAGAAGACAGUGAGUUCGUCACGAAAGGAUUGGGCAACAAAGCUAGAUGAUGCGUUAUGGGCUUACCGAACGACGUUCAAAACGCCCAUCGGGAUGUCACCAUACCAGCUUGUCUAUGGAAAAGCAUGUCACCUGCCCUUAGAGCUGGAACACAAGGCAUUUUGGGGAACUAAAUUCUUGAAUAUGGACUUAUCUGUAGCAGGAAAUUCUAGAAUUCUGCAGUUGCAUGAAUUAGAAGAGUUCCGGAAUCGUGUGUACGAAAAUGCCAAAGUUUACAAGGAACAGACCAAGAAGUGGCACGAUAGGAGGAUCCAGAAAAAAGAAUUUUGGGAAGGACAGCUGGUCCUUCUGUACAAUUCCCGCUUGAAGCUAUUCCCGGGAAAAUUGAGGUCCAAAUGGUCGGGACCAUUUGUGGUUCAUAAGGUGUUCCCUUACGGUGCAGUUGAAAUUAAGAAUCAAGCUAAUGGAGACAUCUUCAAAGUUAAUGGGCAGAGACUAAAGCCAUAUUUCCAAGGUCAACCAGUUGGACAGGUGGUAGAGUUUGGACCGAUAGACGCAACUCAAGUAACAAGGCACGAAGAGUGUCCAUUUUUUUUUGAUGCAUAG